ACCACUCGCUGGGAUGUAACGUCGAAGAUAGAGCCACCAAUUGGGUGAGCGGGUGGUAAUCGGGGCGUGUCAUCGGACUUACCUGGGGGCAGAGCGGACCUGGAAGGCAGGAACAAAAACCUUCGAGAUGAUGCUGAGGGACCGGGUAGAUCAAUGAACAAACAGGUGACGGAUGUUCAAGUUGAUUGUUGGGCAAAGUCGAGGCAAACACGACCACUCAUAUACAGUAAGUUAAAGGACUGGUGUCAAAGCCACUUGAUGCACUAGCCUUGCUUCUUGGGAAAGAGGCUCCUGAGCAAACCAGACAGACUGUCCUGUCCUUCCGCGGCUUCUGCAGAUGUCAGGCAAGAUGGCUGCCGACACGCCCGUGAGGACAGAGCAGGAGGAGCUGCAGGGGAGGGCCAACCAGGUGACAGAUGAGUCCCUGGAGAGUACCCGUCGUAUGAUGCAGCUAGUAGAGGAGAGCAAAGAUUCAGGAAUCCGGGCCCUGGUCAUGCUGGACGAACAAGGAGAGCAACUGGAGCGGAUUGAGGAGGGCCUGGACCAGAUCAACUCGGAUAUGAAGGAGGCUGAAAAGAACCUCACAGACCUGGGCAAAUGCUGCGGUCUGUGCUCCUGUGAUAAGCUGAAGGACUUUGAGGAGAGCGGGGCCUAUAAGAAGGUGUGGGGGAACAACCAGGAUGGGGUGGUGUCCGGCCAGCCGUCCUCACGCGUGGUGGAUGAGAGAGAGCAGAUGAUCAUGAGCGGAGGCUACAUAAGCAAGGUGACAAAUGAUGCACGCGAAGAUGAGAUGGAGGAGAAUCUGGGACAUGUAGGCAGCAUUAUAGGCAACCUGAAGAGCAUGGCACUGGACAUGGGCAAUGAGAUCGACACACAGAAUGUCCAGAUUGACCGCAUUCAGGGCAAGGCCAUUCUCAAUGUAUCCCGCAUCGAUGCUGCCAAUCAGAAAGCUAACAAUCUAAUGAAGAGAUAAAGAGGAAGAUUGUCCGUCUCUGCUGUGUGAUCUGAUCUACUCCCUGUCGUUCUGUGCCAAUAUGCGUUCAGUGACCGUUCACCCACAUAGAAAAUCUGCCAAAUGAUCGUGUAUGCCUUAUCCUAAAGCCUGAGCAGCAGGGUACACAUCAUUUUUCAUACCUGGCUCUACAUUAACCCUAGCCUGUUUGCCAGUCUCUGUUCAGCUAUUACAUUCCACUCUUUGUACUCCAUGUCAUAUGUCACAUGACAAAAAAAGAGUACAAGAAGUGGAACGCUACAGAGACUGACGCUACAGAGACUACCCAGAUACCAAGCCUGUACCACACUGCUGCCAUCUGUUGGCUAGAUUAUUUUCUAGAAACUAGAUACACAUCCCCUUCGCUCUUUCACUAUCCUCCCUCGGGUCCUCUUUUGAUGCCCGUCCUCUAUGGAGCCAGAUACCUGCCAUAAGAUUGAACGUACAGUACCAGUGAAAAGUUUGGACACACCUACUCAUUCAAGGGCUUUUCUUUAUUUUUACUAUUUACUACAUUGUAGAAUAAUAGUGAAGACAUCAAAACUAUGAAAUAACACAUGGAAUCAUGUAGUAACCAGAGAAUCUUCAAAGUAGCCACCCUUUGCCGUGAUGACAGCUUUGCACACUCUUGGCAUUCUCUUAACCAGUUUCAUGAGGAAAAUGCGUUUCCAACAGUCUUGAAGGAGUUCCCACAUAUGCUGAGCACUUGUUGGCUGCUUUUCCUUCACUCGGUCCAACUCAUCCCAAACCAUCUCAAUUGGGUUGAGGUUAGGUGAUUGUGGAGGCUAGGUCAUCUGAUGUAGCACUCCAUCACUCUCCUUCUUGGUGAAAUAGCCCUUACACAGCCUGGAGGUGUGUUCGGUCCUGUUGAAAAACAAAUGAUAGUCCCACUAAGCGCAAACCAGAUGAGAUGGCGUAUAACUGCAGAAUACUGUGGUAGCCAUGCUGGUUAAGUGUGCCUAGAAUUCUAAAUAAAUCACCUACAGUGUCACCAGCAAAGCACCCCCACACCAUCACACCUCCUUGCUUCACGGUGGGAAACACACAUGUAGAGAUCCACUCACCUACUCCGCGUCUCACAAAGACACAGCGGUUGGAACCAAAAAUCUCAUAUUUGUACUCAUCAGACCAAAGGACAGAUUUCCACCAGUCUAAUGUCCAUUGCUCGUGUUUCUUGGCCCAAGCAAGUCUCUUAUUCUUAUUGGUGUCCUUUAGUAGUGGUUUCUUUGCAGCAAUUCGACCAUGAAUGCCUGAUUCACUCAGUCUCCUCUGAACAGUUGAUGUUGAUAUGUGUCUGUUACUUGAACUCUGUGAAGAAUUUAUUUGGGCUGCAAUUUCUGAGGCUUGUGACUCUAAAGAACUUAUUCUCUGCAGCAGAGGUAACUCUGGGUCUUCCUUACCUGUGGCGGUCCUCGUGAGAGCCAGUUUCGUCAUAACGCUUGAUGGUUUUUGCAACCGCACUUGAAGAAACUUUCAAAGUUUUCUGUAUUGACUGACCUUCAUGUCUUAAUUAAAGCAAUGAUGGACUGUUGUUUCUCUUUGCUUAUUUGAGCCUUCCUUGCCAUAAUAUGGACUUGGUCUUUUGCCAAAUAGGGCUAUCUUCUGUAUAUCACCCCUACCUUGGCACAACACAACUGAUUGGCUCAAACGCAUUAAGAAGGAAAGAAAUUCCACAAAUUGACUUUUAGCAAGGCACACUUAUUCAUUGAAAUGCAUUCCAGGUGACUACCUCAUGAACUUGGUUGACAGAAUGCCAAGAGUGCGCAAAGCUGUCAUCAAGGCAAAGGAUGGCUACUUUGAAGAGUCAAAAAUAUAUUUUGAUUUGUUUAACACUUUUUUGGUUACUACAUGAUUCCGUAUGUGUUAUUUCAUAGUUUUGAUUUAUUCUACAAUGUAGAA